CGUAGAAAAACCAUAGACACGUUAAAAAGCGCUUCUAGUUUUUCAGUGGAACCGGGCGUAGCGUAUUUUGGUACUACUUAGUACGGGCUUGGUACGGGCGUAUGUCGUAAAGAUCGUGUGAAAUAAUAAAAAAAAAAUAAGGAAGCAAUCAAAACAUGGGAGUCGACGUUGAAACUAUUUCCCCAGGCGAUGGAUCGACAUACCCUAAGAGGGGUCAGACCGUGGUUGUCCAUUACACGGGCACGCUGACCAACGGACAGAAGUUCGAUUCGUCCCGCGACAGGGGCAAGCCCUUCAAGUUCAAGAUUGGAAAGGGCGAGGUUAUCAAGGGCUGGGACGAAGGCGUCGCUAAGAUGUCCGUCGGUGAGCGUGCUAAGCUGACAUGCUCUCCUGACUAUGCCUAUGGCCAGCAAGGUCAUCCUGGAGUGAUCCCACCAAACUCUACUCUCAUCUUUGAUGUAGAACUCAUCCGUCUUGAAUAAACUCACCAAGUAUCACAGAUUAGAGAUAGUUUCAUAAUACUAAUUGUUCACGACAAGGCUUAAAAUAUUGCCUUUGUGUUCAAAGUCAUUACAUAAGUUGAUUUUCUUAGUUAAGGGGAUAUCAUGCAAUUAUUAGUAAAAUUUUAAGUUUUUUUUUUUUAAUAACAUGAUUUUUAUGAUAACAUACAUGACUCAGAUUCUUAUACACUAUUUUAAAAAAAACUGUGAAAAACAUUCCUGUGAAACAUACUGUGAAAAAGCAUUUCAAAGUCAAUUAAACCUAUAUUUUUUAUAUACUUUCAUGGAAUUUUUGGGAUGUAAGCACAAGAUGUAAUCUUUGGUGAGGUUUUUUCUUUUACUUAUUUUCUAUUUGUAUUCCUUCUGGAAACUUCUGGAAAGCUUUACUAUAUGUAAAACUUAAGAAUAAAUAUCAUCUAACACUCA